AUGUCGGACUCUCUCAAUCCCCCUCUUUCCUAUGAGGCCUCCGCCAACACCACCCACCCACAUAUCGCAACCUCGCUGCCGUCCGAGGUCAUCUCGUGUCUCAAAAACUCGCGAUUUCUACAUCUAGCAACAUGUGACGGCCUAACGCCGCAUGUGUCCCUCAUGUCCUACACCUAUCUUCCUUCCACCCCGUUUGAUCCUCAGCCAACGAUUAUUAUGACUACAAAUCCGGACUCGCGCAAGACGAACCACCUCUUAUCUAAUCCGCGCGUAUCUCUUUUGGUCCAUGACUGGGUAUCCCACCGACCUCCGACUCGCGCUCCAAACCCCGGCGGCCAGCGCGAUGGUUCCCCGCCACCUGCUGCUACUCGUUCAUCUCUGGCUAGCUUCCUUCUGGAUCUGAAUACGAGUGCGCUCUCCAGUAUCUCCACAACAAUCACGGGCACCGCGCGCUUUCUGGAAUCCGGUUCAGAGGAAGAGGCGUGGUGCAAGGCGAGACAUCUGGAGAAUAACACGUUCGAAGAAGAACAAGGACUGUUUGGCCAGCAGCGACAACCGUCUGGCCAGAGAACGUCCAUUUCUUCCAUCGACAAUAACGUCCGUGUUGUGGUGGUCCCCGUGCGCGAAGGCCGGAUUGCAGACUGGAAGGGGUGUGUUCGAGAUUGGACCUUGGUCUCUGAGGGCCCUGAGCCUGCGGCCGGGACAAGGGCGAACAUGGUUAAUGGUGUUUCCCCAUCAUCAUGA